AUGAUCAGAUCAACAUCUUCACCAUCUUCAUCUGCAUCAUCAUCGUCAACUUCAAUAGCGAAUUCACCUGGAUCAUUCUCAGCCCUAGGAUUCACUUCAACGUCUGAAUCAAUACCAUCGUCAUCGUCAUCAUCAACAUCUUCAGCUGUGACGGAGAAAUUAGCUUCAAUCUCAUCAUCAUCACCUUAUUCAUCACCUAGAAGAACAUUCUCGUUGCCAUCCAAAAUCAAGUUACCAUUCUCAUCCUCAUCACCUAGAUUGACUUCGUCACCCAUGUUAGGAGGGUUAGGUUCACCGAUGAUCCCGUUACAUUCACCCACCAGAUCAACCGCCCGUAGGGUAUCUUAUAAUAUCAAAAGUCGAGCGUCACAUUAUGCUUUACCAUUGAGCAUAGGUGGAUUUUUCACUUUAGCAGUAUUCAUUUACAUGUCGUUGAACAAAUCAAAUGAAGUAAGUCAAUUCAACAAUGCAUCAAAAUUAUCCUUAUAUGGUAGAUCAAGAUUCUCACAAGAAGAACAUGCGAUUAAACUAAAACAACAUCAACAAUAUGAUCAAGAAUAUGAACGUGAACACGAAUAUUCACACGGAGUACAACAUCAUAUACCAGACAGUGAGAGGGAUAAUGGAGUUUCCUUGUUACUGAUGGAUGAAGAAGAAUUAAUCGCAGAAGAUGAUUUGUUCUGGGAUACAUAUAAAGAUCCAGAACCAUUAUCGAUCGAAGAACAAAAAUUACAAGAUGAAUUAAAAGCACACAAACAAGAUGUAAUCAAUCAAGAUAAAUUACAAUCUUUGCGUGCAUUAAUUUGGUGGUUGGCCGAAGGUGGUAUCUUACCUAACAAUUGGGAAGUGCCCACUAAAGCUUAUUUGAAAAAAAUAGGUGGAAGAGGCAUGGAAAGAUUGUUGGAAGAUAUCGAUUCAGGUGAAGAAGGUGACGAAAUUUUCGAUAAUGGUUGGGCAGAAUUCGCCAAUAGAAGAUAUAGAGUAGUCAUCUUUUCAAAAACCCACUGUCCUUACUCGAGGAAAGCUAAAUCAAUCUUUGGUGAAUACCACAUUUCACCUGCGCCAUUCAUCAUCGAACUUGACCAAAGAUCUGAUAUGGAAAAGAUUCAAACUCUCUUACAACGGUUGACGGGUCGUCGAACAGUUCCAAAUGUCUUACUUGAUUUCGUCUCUAUCGGUGGAUCAGAUGACGUGACUCUGAUUCACUCCGAAGGUGGUUUACAAAGACGAUUAGAAGAUAUGGAAGUGUUACCUUUCUCCAGAAGAAGGAGACCUACUGUACCGGCUCCUCCUCCUCCAGUUGAACCCGUAGCUGUAGUCGAACCUGAGAUCAUCAAUGUCAACGUCCAAGAAAGAGAGAUUGAACAACCAUCAGAAGACGAGUUGGUGAUCAAUGGUAAUUUCUAUGAAGAAGAAUCGACCGCUUCACAAGAUGUCCCUUCUGAAUUCCUAAACACAGUUCAAGCUCAAUCAACAGAAAUAGAAGGAGAAUCAAUGAAGACUGAUACAGAUGAAGAUCAAGGUGAUUUUAUGAAGAACGUAAAGAGAGAUUUCUCACCCAUGAUACAAAGGAAAGAAACCAACGCUGAAAAACUUCAAAAACGGCAAACUCCAGGAAUAUCUACUCUCGAUAUGAUAUCAAGAGAUCAAACUGGGUCCUGGAAAGAAGGUGGUAUUCUCGCUGCUUGA